AAAUGGAACGGAUGAAAAUGGAACGAAAUCAAAGAGAAUAGGUGGGAUAUAAUCUAAUAUAGAGUCCGGUAAAAUAAGAAUUAAAAACUACUUUGUAGUGGCGUAAAAACUGGAAGUUAAUUAAAAUGAUUGUGAUUAGCCGUGUGACUUCAAUUGUACAACAAACUAAAAACGUUUUUCAGUUAUUUCGGUGAUUAUCCAGUUUAGAGUCAGCAGGUGAUUGACUUGGAAACUACAAGAGAGGAGAAGAAGAAGAAAAAAAAAAUAUUGAAACACAAAAUUUCAACAGUGAACGUGCGAUUUUAAUUGUGAACAUAUGAUUUUCCCAAUUCAAUUUUGUAGCAAACAAUUGUAUUUUGUAGCCGGACAAAACUAUUGAUAGCCCGAAAACGAAGUGCUUCAGUCGUUCAAUUUAUAAUUUAAAGUGUUUUGUAUGUCCGCUCAUAUGUUUUUGGUGUCUUCUGUGCGUUUUUUUUUUUGAUUCCAUCAAGUGUAGGAAACAAAAACAAUUUACGAAGUUUUAUGUAGCCACUUCAGUUUGCGUUUAAUUAUUUUCGUUCGUGAAAGGACCCGCGUACGUACGGGUACAGUGAAAUUAAUACAUAUAUCCAUAACAUCCCAAACAUCCCAAUCUAAUAAUGUGUGUGAAACGUCAGAAAAUCGAAAAAUUAGUGGUUUAAGGUUAAAUUUUUCCAUAAUAAAAAAAAAAUUAACCAACAAAAUGAUGCUAUUUACAUCGUAAUUUUUUGCAAUUUUAUAUUUAAACCAAAAAAAUUCAAAUAAUUUUUUGAAACAAAAUGUGCAAAGAUGACAGAGGAGAGCGAAUCAAUCAGAAAUGGAAUAAAUGAUGCAGCUUUACACAGUUUCAACUAUCGCAGGAAUCAAUUGGAUAAAACUUCAACCACAGAAUUAAAUUUAAAUGGUGUGUUGGCAUCGAACAGUAAACAAAAUAAUAAUGGUUCCUCGUUAGGUGGGCGAUUACAGUUCUUCAAAGAUGGAAAAUUUAUUUUGGAGUUGGCGCGGUCGAGAAGAGAAGGCGAUCGUUCUGGUUGGGUCGCUGUGCCACGGAAAACGUAUUGGCCGCCAUCAGCUCCACCGCCUGCCACAAAUAUUCCACAGAAUACCAAACACGAAAGUUCGGCAUCAUUAAGUGUUUCAGAUGAUAACAGUUCCAUACAAUCGUCGCCAUGGCAAAGAGAUCAUUGCUGGAAGCAGUCAACGCCCCGUCGGAAUAUAUCCAACGAAAUGUGCAUGUACUUUCGUCGGUGCACCGAUUUGUCGUCUUCAUCGAAACUGUACAAAAUCGCACAAAAGAAACGCAGACGUCCCUACGAUACAGUCACAAAUAUUCCAAACAAUGACAAUGAAUUAGUUGAUAAGAAAACCGAUGAGCACGAACACAAUUCACAGAUACGCGUGAAAGAAGAACCACCGGAUGUGGUUGCCAACGACAGUGAUGAUAAAUCAGUGAUACAAAAACCGAUCAAAAUAAAAACGGAACCAUCCGUGAGCAAUGGACGCCGUGCGAACAAUAAGAUUUUGAAUAGGACGAAGCUGAGCGACGUUCUGCAGAAGCUUAUUGACCGAGUUCCGGGCAUAUUGUUAUCGGCGUCGAACAAUUCCAACGCCAACACAGCGACGGUGGCGAAUCAUUUGAAUGCCAACAAUUCGAGAAUUGAUCUCAAUAAUCACCAGCAUAUGUCACCGCGCAAACGAAUUCUCCGAGAACUCGAACAGGUGUCGCUGGAUGAAUUUGAGUCAACCAAGAAGAAACCACGUACCAAGCACACGGGGAACAAUCACACCGCAUCGAAUGACGUGUCGUUGCCCGGUGACUUACAUAAUGCCACUACAACGAAUAGUCAUUCAAGUAUAUGCAAUGGCAAUAGUAAGGAUACCAUUCCGACAACGCAGGCUGCGCCUCGGCCAGUCAGCAGUUACAGCAUAACAUCCCUGUUAGGUCACAACAACAACAACAGUAUCAAAAAUGAUUCGGGUGCUAAUAACAACAACAACAAAGGAUCACCGGUGCAAUUCCAUCAAACGCCGCAAAAAAUGUCGUCGGCAUUCAGUACGCGAAAAAAAUCUCCGUCAUACAAUCCGAACAAUUCCAUCAAAACUCCGAGCAGGAAUGCCACACCGUCAAGUCUUCAAAACAAUUUCAAUCGGAGUCCGUCGACGAGUUCGCCGAUCAGUUACGGCCGAAACAAUCAUUCGCCCGACUUGAGUCCCAGUCCCGAACAAACGUACGCGCGCUACCGACCGUAUAACGUUCAGUAUCCACCACCACCAUCGUCGGCCGGAUUCCAUCCGUAUAUGUCAGUGUCUUCGCGGGGAUCAUUAUCGCCACCAUAUUCGACGGAGUCUGCACUAUUUCUUUCCAAUCUUUCAACCAGAUCUCCCAAUCAGCAAUAUGUGUCGACGACAUCGACUCAGGAAAGUAGUUCACCAUUACCAUAUUCACGAUAUUCGCCGUCCGGCUAUUCGCAAGUAUCACCGCAACACUUUAGUUCCAAUAAAUCAUCGUCCAUGUAUUCCACAUCGACUAAUUCCAACAGUACAAACAAAAGUAAGGUCGCCACAUCGACUAGUAUUAAGAAAAAGACAGAAUUGAGUCACGACGCUCAAUCGAUAAUUGGAGGUGGCGGUAGUAGUCGCACCGUACCGACAACCAAAAAUUCAGCACACAGACAGCAAUACGGUUCACCGGUGUCGUCCCUAAGCGCCGAGCCAAAAUCCAAUGACGUUUUCUACAAGCCAAUGUCCACCAACGACUCCAGCAAAAAGGACUGCGAUCGAGGCGGCAUGAAAUCCAUUCUAUCGACAGCCGGUAGUUCGGCAACGUCUCCGGACCCGUCGAACCAGCACUACGAAAAAGAUUACCAGCCACAAAUCAGCACCACAAACAGUUCGUCCGUACUAUCUCGACUGGAAAUCGAGUCAAAUGCACUGCGAUCAAAUGCGCAAGCGUACCAGCAAAACAUGAUGUACAUGUUUCCGCCGCCACAUCAUUCGGCCGUCGGCAUUCCACCAACCGGUUCCUAUAUUCCACCACCACCAGUUUACUAUCAUUCGUUGGCAGUAGCUGGAUUCUACCGUGACUAUAUGCACUUUGCCGCAGCACCGCCCUCCAGACUGUCGAAUCCGUUGCUGGCAACUUAUGCCAGCAUGCAUCCAAAUCCGCCAAUGGCCACAAACGGUCCAUGGGGAUCUGUGCCUAAUAACAAUCAACCUGCCGAUAAUAUCUUAUCAUUUCGAAUCAAACAAGAGGAAACGAAUUCUGAUGUCCCACUCAACUUGUCGAAACACUGAAACAAGAACGACACAAAAAGCAAGAAUUUUUAUAUUUUUUUUUGGGACCACAAAUAGAGAAAACAUCAAUACCGAUAAAUACAAACUAAGUGAAGAAAGAAAAGGUAUAUUUAUAUGUAAUAAGCUGUUGAUAUAGAAAAUAGCAAAUUUAUUAUAAAAAAUUAUUAACAAAAAAAAGAAGAAAUGAAAAGAAAACAAGGAAGGAGAAAACCGUAUAGACACGGACACACAAACACACAACUCAUAUAUAUAUAUAUGAAACAUUUAUACAUCUUUAACACAAGCCAACAAAACAAGAAAAUAUAUUUAAACAAAACAAAACAAAAAAAAAACUAAUAACGAAAAAUGUUGUAUACACUGCAUCUGCAUCUAUAAUUUUGACGAUUAAUGAAACACUAAUAACUGAUAAUUUUUUUUUUAUAAAUAUUUUAUAGUAAACGAAGAAAAAUACAGAAUCUAGAAUUAAAACGAGAGAAAAUAAACCUGGAGGGUUGGAGAUGAGAGAAACAACAAAUCAAUAAAGGGAACAGAAGGGAAAAUUGUAUUAAAACAGAAAGUAUAAAUUAUAUAGUUGUGUAAGACAAUGAAGAGUGAAUCUCAGCCGUUCUGAAAUAUAGACUGAAUUUAUAUAUUUUUGAAAAUAUUACUAAAAAAAGAAGAAAUAGAGAGAUGGGGAGAGAGAGAUAUAAAAGAGAGAGUGAAGAGUAAACAAAACAAAAAAAAAAUGGGAAAACAUUUUUAUAAAUAUAGAAAAGUCAUUAAAAUUUUAGCAAUUCAUUUUCAAAGUUAUAUAAUGUGCCUUUGAAAACAAAACAAAAAAACAAAAAACCUAAAUUCUGAACAUUUUUUUUUUGUAAAAUUGUGCAUUCUAUUUUGGCUAGAAAUUCAUUGGAUGGUGGAAUGAUAUUUCAUUUAAUUGAAUUAAUUGAAUUUAAAUAAUGAAUUGAACAUUUUGUUUCGGUGAAAAGAAAAGUAGAAAGAAGAACUAGAUUUGAAUGUCUUGCGAAUGACGAUUGAAUCCUCCGGCUGUACAAACACCUUAAAUUACAGUGGACAAUAUUUCUCCACUAUUUCGAUUCAACUGUUUGACCAACUGGUCCACGUAAACAAAGUCAGUUAGUUUUCUAAUCAGGAGUAGAUAAAACUGGCAACAGUGGUUGGUUUAUUGUCGAUAACUAACGAGAGUGUCAUGUGAGUCUAAGGUAUCACUAGCAUCGUGCGAACAUAUUUUGAGACAUUAGAAUAUUGCAUAGCAGAAUACCAAAAUUCAUAAACUUUCUGUCGCAAUGCCUAAAGCUGUGCUAUGAAACAAAUGCUAUCGAAAUCUUUUGACCAGCAAGAGUUGCUCAAUCGAUCGGAAUUCAACCAAUGAGAAGUUCGAAGACACGGAUGACAUGGGCAUAAAGAGACUAUAAGGUAGAUUGAAAUAAAUAGUAUUUUACAUAACUAAGGAUGAAAAGAUGAAAAGUAGAGUUUUCGUGUGAAUUUUGUUGAUCCGAGGCGAAGCCGAGGUCAAUUAACACACGAAAACGAGACUUUUCAUUUUUAUCACGAGUUACGUUUGCGCCGUGUCGACGUUACCUCCUACUCUUUUAUAUCCAUUGGUUUGUUUACAUGGAUCAGCUGGUCAAACAUCUGAAUCAAAAUAGUGCACAAAAUUGAAAGUCGUCCACUGUAGUAAAGAAUUUCUCUUUAAUUGAAAGACAUUAUUUUGAGCGACAAAUUACUCGACAAUUUCUCAUUUUAUUGAGGAUAAUAUCACUAAAACGUCGGUCAAUUCAACUAUCACCGGGUCCUUAUGCGAAGAGCUUCCCAAACUGAUCAGAUCGGAAAUUAGGCUGGUGGUGGGGAAUUAACGAACCUCACUGUAAGCUUAACGAACACCUACAAAAAAUAGAUUCGGUCUAUUGAUCCUAUCUGUUCUUGUGGCUUAGCACCUGAGACCGUUGUUUAUAAACUCUUAGGGAACGAGCCUAGGUUUUGCACCUUCUGGUAAUAUGAAUUCCACGAUGAGAAUUUACUGGAAGAUUCCAGCAACAGUAGAAGUAGUAGCUGUUUGGAAUAGUAAAUAAAGGAUUUUUGAUCUUGGUUUCUGCUUUCAGAUUUUGCAAAGCUUCCCUUCUUUCCGAUUUAAUCUCCAAGUUCUUAGGAGCUAAUUUGGAUCGUGUACUUGAUGGCAUUUUAAGACACAUAUUAUAGCAAUGCACUUUUUCCCGGGGCAAAAAAAAAAAGGAAAUCCGUACAAGACCGAAAUUUUGCGGCGAGAGCACAGUGAGCGCCCCAUAUCGCUUUAGUUGGAAUCUCCUAUUUUCUACGGUCUAAAUUAAUUCCAACAAAUGUACUGCACCUUUUAGUGAUGUUAUCCUCGAUCUAUUUACGUUUGUGUUGGACAGAGUCGACGCAUGUACGUCCUACGAUCGUCUGUUUAUCAAUUUCUUGCUCAAAAUAAUGUAUUCUGAACGUGUGAACUAGAUCAAUGUUGCUGUUGAAGUAUUUUGAAAGUCUGACAGGGGUCAUUUGUCAAGUCCUUUGUGACUCUUUGGUCCAUUUUGAGACUAUUUUCAGGCUUCACCAUGUUACGAAACAAACAAAAGUAAAAUGUCAACAUUUUGAAUUGAAAUAAAAGUCUGUAGAGAGGAACUAAUGACUGGAUGAAGUCCCGUUGACAAUAUUAUUUGAUUGGCGUGGCUUUUUCACACAGACAACCUAAAGCGGCAAAGCCUAACGACUAAAUUUAGUUCUUAAGAUCAAACUCUUGCUGCGACUUAAUUUUUAAAUCGACUUUGCACAACACGUUGGACGAACAAGGUUCAACCAGUUUCGUGCAUGUAAACUAUUUGAGUAACUUUCUUGUCACUUCGACGAAAAUCGAACAUUAAGUUGUUUUCUCGUCGAGGUGAUGACAAAGUUCCAGACACUUUUCCCAAUAUAUUGUCAUUCUGACUUCAUUGACUCUAUGAUUUUCAUUUCCUCUCUUUUCCACAAUAACUGCAAUUGUCGGUCUAAAUAAAGUUUCAUUUUAAAGCCAAUAAGUCUACGGGCAAAGAGCUUCCUAAUCGAAAAAAAAAACGUUAAAUUUCCUAGCCAGAUUGGUCUUCAUCGGUAAAUGCAAUGGAAUUGUAGACUUUAAAAUGAAAUCGAAUUUCGGUAUAAGGUAAAUGAAAUUGUAAACGACGUUGCGUUUAAACGAGUUACAGUUUGACAGUAUUAGAUUUGAGCGUAUCGAGACUUUAGACAUUCCAUUCACUCAAGAAACAUUUUUUUAUAACGGACUGAGACGUUGAUUAAUGUCACUACUGAUAAUAUACGAAGUUGUUUCUCGGCGUAAUUGAAUGUUUAACCGAAAAAAAGUGGGGAAGAGACGACCCUUAUGUGUCUAUUAUAGAGUCGAAUGAACCUUCCCUCCCAAAGAAAAAAACCGAUUAGGUGAAACAUAUUCCGGAAUACAAAUCGUCAUUCAGCUUUUCAUUCGAUUUUAGUUUUACGUAAUUUGUCUUCAAAGAGAAAAACCAGUGAUUAAACCCCUGUAAAUAAUGAACGUUCUAUCGAAAUUUUGUGAUUCCUUAAAUAACAUUAAAUACAAACAGAAUAUUGGACAACAAAAUGUAACCUCUCAACGCAAUGGCCCAUUCGUUCAGUCUUGUCACAACAAUAUUCUUUCGAAAAUGUGGUCAAAUUAAAUUGUCCACCUCGAGAUCCACCUACAGUGUGAACUGGAGAUGUAUUUCUUAUUGACUUGUGGUGCAGUCAGAGGCAGUGAAAUUUCAGCAUGACUUUGCUUAAGCUGUUCUACAGCUGAUCUACACAAACAAUUAAAACUGUUUACACGUCUUUAUCACUGCCACGCGUGUGCGUGUAGCGGUUUCAACCGUUUAAACAGAUAUAAACAGUUUGGAUUGUAUGGGUGGAUCAGCUGAAGAAAAUUCAUGCUGAAAUUUCACAAUCACAGCCUCUGACUGUACCUUCCUCUUUCUAGUUUAGAGUGAUACCACACAAUUGUGUAUGUGGCUGCAGACUCCAAAAAAAAUUUGUUUCAAAAAUUUCCGAUCCAUUUUAAGCCUACGAAAAUCCGUCAAAGUUUCACGUAAGAGAGGUAGAAAUAUACUUUUUUUCACUCUAACCAACGCGCUUUUAUGUUCCACGAAUUUUCGUGGACGUAAAAUGGAUCGCAAAAUUGUGAAAAAAAAAAUUAUUUGGAAUCUGUUACCACAGACAAUAUUUUGUGGCGCUCUAAACUAGGACAAAAAAAAACGACAAGUCGAUUAGAAAUACGCUAGUGGACACUUCUGAGCGAAAGCAAUGUUUUGCAAUAUUUUAUUUCCAGUUAAGCUUCCAGUUAAGUUAUCUCAAUCUGAGCAAAAUUGUAAAACAAUUCUAAAAAUGUCAGAGUUACUAAACUCGGUAUGCGGUUCUAUUUUUUAGUAAACUCCCAUUUCCAACGUGUUAAAAUAUCUAAUUGAAAUGUCACAGAAAUAUGAGUACAAUUCCCGUAAGAAUCUAGUACAUCAGCUCCUCGAAACGUAUACCUCUGACCUCUAACUAUCUAAAGUGAAUUAUUCACUGAAUAGGGUCAGUGUACUGGUAUCCAACAGGGCUUAUUUUCAAGACUUUUCAUGAAUUUUCUUGAAUUCAAGAAAAUCAAGAAAAAUUCCGGACAUGUACGAGUGUUCUUUCAUUCAUUCAAAGCUGUCCGAAUACUCAUAAGUGACCGGAGACUAGUACACUGACCCUAUAUAGGGGCAAACUGACAAAGAAUGUUUAAGAAUCUUUUGUUUUGAGUGCUUCGUCUUCUUGUAUUUGAAGAUAAAACAAAAACCUUAGGCGAAUAUACACCCUUCCAUAACUGAAUACAGAUUUGAAGAGAAAUUAA